GUUAAAUGACUUUAUCUGAUGUCAAACAUACUGUUGACAAUUUUUUGUAAACGCUGAAAAAUAAAUAUUUUCAAAUAAAAUGAAAAAUUCAAUCGUAACUUAGACUAUUAAAUAUGAAUGUAUAAGUUUAAUUAAAAAAAUGUCGGAUUAUCAAAUCGACGUUCAAGAAACGGAUCUAAUUUCCAAUGACUCUGAAAAUGAGUGUUCCCAAAGUGUAUGCUCAGAUACACAUAGUGAUACUACAUCUGCCUCUGGAUUUACAGAUAAGAGCACAUUAUCAGAGUCAACAAUUCAUGCCCUUUCAGGAGGCAGUGAAGGUGAGAAUUCGGCUAGUCACUCAGUUACUGCAAUAGGUCUCGAUGCUAAACCAAAUUUUACAGUUGCGAUAAAUAGGGGUAUAGUUUUACCAUGGGGAGCUCAAAAAGAAAGAACUGUUUUAUCUGGGCAACAUUUGGAAAUGGAUUUGAGACCUGGAGAAUUUGUAAUGAGGAAUCUCUUUGCAGAUUUUACUGUUAUUGCAGAGAAAAAAAUUGAAUUUGUAAUGACUGAAUCACAUGAAAAACCAUUAUCAAAGUCACUUCAACGGGGAGAAGAUUCACAAUUUGAUCAACUUCUCAGUGCCUUUGGUUCAGUAGCUGAACACUGCUUGCCUUCUCUAUUAAGAGCUCUAUUUUCUUGGUAUGAAAGGCAAAUGUCAGAAGUAUCUAAUCCAGAACAAAAAAAAUCAGAUAUUAAACAAAAAAGUAUUAUAAAUAUAGUGGCAGGCAAUACAACAGAGACAGUGGAAAGAUCAGAAGCUGAUAUACAAAAAGAAAAACGAGAUCUUGCAGUGGAGUUUAUUUUUUGUUUGGUAUUGAUAGAAGUACUAAAACAAAUGGGUUUGCAUCCUGGACAUGAAGACUUGGUGCAAUAUAUUGAAAAUUUGGCUUUAAAACAUUUCAAGCAUCAUGAAGGGAUACAAAAUAACCCUAACAGUGCCAACAUUCAUAUGAUAUCAGAUUUAUAUGCUGAAGUUAUUGGAGUUCUUGCUCAAUCUCGUUUUAUGUCUGUAAGAACUAGAUUCAUGGCAGAAUUAAAAGAGCUUCGAUCUAGAGAAACUAGUCCAAAUACAACUCAAAGUAUUAUAAGCUUAUUAAUGGGAAUGAAAUUUUUUCGUGUAAAGAUGGUUCCGAUAGAAGAGUUUGAAGCUUCAUUUCAGUUUAUGCAAGAAUGUGCCCAAUAUUUUUUAGAAGUCAAAGAUAAGGACAUCAAGCAUGCACUUGCUGGGUUAUUUGUAGAAAUUUUGGUACCAGUAGCAGCAGCUGUUAAAAAUGAAGUGAAUGUUCCUUGCUUAAAAAACUUUGUUGAAAUGCUGUAUACACAAACUUUAGAUGCCAGUACAAAAUCGAAACAUCGUUUGGCAUUAUUUCCCCUUGUCACAUGUUUAUUAUGUGUGAGUCAGAAACAGUUCUUUUUACAAAAUUGGCAUUAUUUCCUAGCUAUGUGUUUGUCACAUUUAAAGAAUAGGGAUCCUAAGAUGUGCCGAGUAGCUUUAGAAUCACUUUAUCGCCUUUUAUGGGUAUAUAUGAUUAGAAUAAAAUGUGAAAGUAAUUCGGCUACACAAUCCCGUUUACAAAGCAUAGUAAAUUCCCUGUUUCCAAAAGGUUCAAAAGGCGUAGUGCCGAGAGAGACUCCGUUAAACAUUUUUGUUAAAAUCAUACAAUUCAUAGCUCAAGAAAGAUUGGAUUUUGCUAUGCGGGAAAUAGUUUUUGACUUACUUUCAGUAGCCAGACCUUUUAAAGUGAUUUUAACUCCAGAAAGGAUGAGUAUAGGUCUUAGAGCUUUUCUGGUGGUAGCUGAUAGUCUUCAACAAAAAGAAGGAGAUCCACCUAUGCCUAGAUCGGUAGGUGUAUUACCCAGUGGUAAUACUUUAAGAGUAAGGAAAACGUUUUUAAAUAAAAUGCUUACUGAAGAUACGGCCAGAAGUAUUGGAAUGAAUGCUUAUUUUCCACAUGUUAGAAGAGUUUUUGUUGAUAUUUUGAGGGCCUUAGAUACUCAAUAUGGAAGACCCUUAAUGAUGACCAACACUCAAAAUGUCAAUAAAGAACCUGAUGAAAUGAUUACUGGGGAAAGAAAACCUAGGAUUGAAUUAUUCAGGACUUGCGUAGCUGCUGUUCCAAGAUUGAUUCCUGAUGGGAUGACUAGUGGGGAGCUAGUUGAUUUACUCAGUCGACUUACUGUUCACAUGGACGAGGAAUUAAGAGGACUAUCCUACUGCAGUUUGCAAAGUUUGGUGGUAGAUUUUCCUGAUUGGAGACAAGACGUUUUAUGGGGUUUAACACAAUUUGUUGCCAAAGAAGUAUUAGAUACUUUUCCACAACUUAUGGAUCAUGGAUUAAAAAUGAUUUUGACUUUAUUAUGUGCUUGGAAGACUGCUGUUUCUGGUGCAAAUAUGAGUGCAUUCAAUUCCUCCACUUUGAGAGCUAAAGAAUACAAUGAAUUGAAAGUAGGGCCACCAGAUCCAAACCUCACAAAACGUACAGAUACAAGCAAAUCAGAACCUUUGGCAUCAGUUCUUCAUUAUGUGGAAGCUCUUGCUCUUGUUAUGCUUUGUACUUAUCGUUUAUCAACUCGAAGAUUAUCUGUAAUGAUUUUAAAAGAAGUUAAAAGUCUAUUGAAGGUAUUGAAUUGUUCAGAAAAUCCACCUGUUAUUGAUAUUAUGGAUCAAUAUUGUCCUCAAGUAGUAGAGAAAUGUUUGCCACUGUUACCACCAGCUGAGAAAACUGCUAUUCAAGCCGUAGGAUUAAUAGGCGCUGUAGACCUGCAGUGGCUUGCUGAUAGGAGUUCCUCAGUUUGGACAGUUGGACUAUUUGAGGAUGGUUCAGUGAAGAAUGCUGCUAAUUACAAUUUUUCUGUAACGGAUCCAUGGAGUAUAUGCUAUUUUGGAUUUUUAGAAACUGACAGGCUAUUGAGUUCCUGCACUUUAAUGGCAAUGCAUUCUUGGCCUAUUGUUUUCACUAGAUUGAAUGCUCUAUAUUCUGUAGUUGAUCCGACACCAUUAAACGAUAAUAGAGCGUCACUACUAAGAAGUGCAACAGCUGUGAAAAAACCUCCGACAGAAAGAGACGCUUAUAUGCAUUUGUGGAAAAAUUAUAUCACUUUUGCCUUCAGGGUGGUGCCAUUAAUUUCUAACCCUAUUAUUAGAUGUGCCAGUCCAGAUCUCAGUUUAAGUUCCUCCCCAGAUAGUUUGAAUGCUGAAAAAAAUGAUAGCAGUAAAUUGCCGGCUACAAAUAUUUCACCUUCAUCUUUAUACAAACUUGUUGUGCCACAUCUACGGUGUGAAGUUGCCGAUAUAAGAGAUGCAGCUGUUUUUGCUUUAGGAAAUAUUAACGGAACGGCUCUCAGAGAUUUAUUUGAAGAGCUGACUGUCUACAUUCGCGAAUCUAUUGAUAAAAAACAAGAAAACGUACGUCGCAGACGAAGAAGAGACGCGCUAAGGCUGCAACUAAUGAGAUUGCUAGAAUACAUUGGCGAUAACGGAACGUUUGGAAUAAGUAGUUGUGUUUUGGAUAGGGAUUCACAAUCUCUUACUCCAAUUCUAGUAGAAUUCGUAGAUGGCGUUAGGUAUUAUCUGGAAAACGAACCUGAUAAAAAUUCGAAUGCUGUAAGAGAUUUAACGCUGCAUUUUUGCUAUUUUAUUAGGAAGCUGGUUAAGAAUUUUACAUUGGACGCUUGUAGAAGUCUUCUGAAAAGAGAUUUAAGAUGUAGUUUAUUCACUUUAUUUGGAAAUUGGGCUGGAAAAUACGGUUUCCCUAUUGGAAAGACUAACCUAGAAGGAGAUGUAAAUAAUAAAAAACAUCAAGAAUUACAAUUGAUAGCAUUACAAGCUAUGAGUUCUUUACUUUGUUGUGGACCCUGUUUCGAUUGCCUUACUGAAGAAAGUCCGUAUUAUUUAUGGAUUGAUGGACUUCUUAAUAGUCUAGAUGAAAAAGUGUAUAGCUUAGCACAAGAAACUGUUAUCUUAUUACUAGAAUCCAAUCCUGAUGUAUCUCCUUUAUUGGAUUGGGUGGUAGAUAAAUGUUAUACAGGAACUUCUAAAGUAGCAGAUAGCUGUUUCAUAGCAUUGGCAACUAUAUUCAGUGCAAGGGAAUAUCCAUGUGAUCAUUAUACAGCGAUAAUAAAUGUUACUUUGAUGAAUACCGGGUGUCCCAGACAAGAAGUGCGAGAUACUGCCUUGCAAUUGCUCCAGUUAUUAGACAAAAGAUUUUUUGGUUGUAUAGGGCCACUUGUCGAAAACGACUUAGCGGAAGGUGAUAAGGGAAGGAGCACCUUGGAUGUAAUUUUAGCUACAACAUAUUGUAGAUCACAAAUUCAUUUAUCCCGACAAUUAGCUUUACUCCAUCCAGAAUUAACCAUGCCUAUGUUUUCAGAAAUUACGUAUAGAUUUCAAACAGCUCGUCCUGAGGUGCGACAAUUGUUAUUACAAUAUUUAUUGCCAUGGCUACAUAAUAUGGAAUUGGUUGAUCCAAAUAUACCUCCAACUAAUACUCACAUGUACCAGUUUUAUACCGGAGAAUUGAACGCUGAGAGAAAAGAGGGUUGGGGAUCCGCAGAAGCUACCGAGAUGGUCCUCAACAAUAUCUUUUACAUCACAGCUAAGUUUGGAGAUAACCACCCAAAAGAAAUAGAAGAAACUUGGGCGACACUUUGUACUUCAUGGCCCAAUAACAUGAAAGUUAUUAUUCGUUACCUCAUUAUAGUCUCAGGAAUGGCUCCUUGCGAACUCUUACCAUAUGCGAAAAGAGUAGUACUGUACUUGGCAAGAGUACAGUCUGCAAGAUUGUUGGAUGAGAUGAUGAUAGAAUUACAAACAGUCGAAACACUCAAUUGUUUGAUAGAACGAACGGAGACGCCCCCAUUUUAUAGACUGACUGUAAUGAGGAAAGCCUCUAGUCAUUCAGAUGGAGCUAAUGGGGUAGCAGGGCAGACCGAUUCUAGCAGUAGAAAUGAUCUAAGUAUAGAGAAAGGCACUAUACAUACAAAACGACACAGUGGAGAAGAUCCAUCAAAAACAUCAAUAAUGAAGUCUGAUUCUGGAUCGAAUAUAUUCUCAGACUUUGCAAUGACCCGUCCAGAGAAAAAGUGUCAGGAGGAAAUGAUAAGCUCCCUAGAAGAGGUAGCUAUAGAAGAAGAUGUUUUACUUCGAGACAAAACCAAUAUGUCAGUUUCUCAGCCUCACCCUUUACCUAUGCCAGAAUUCGGUGGAUACUUUGCACCUUUAACAGAAUAUUUACCUGAUAGUUCACAACCAAUUUCUGGAUUUCAUAGGUGCAACGUGGGAGUGAUGCUGCUCUGCGACAUAGUUGUAGAUGGAAUAGAGUUAGAUUGGACUGUCCACGUACCAUUGAUGCUUCACAUCUUAUUCUUGGGUCUAGAUCACACUCGCCCUUUGGUUCAUCAACAUUGCAAACAGCUGUUGUUGAAUCUGUUAAUCGUUUUGGCGGUUCAUAAUGACCAUCUCACAGUUGCGCACAUUUUACUAAAUUGUAAGACGAAACAAUUGGAGUUGGGAUUAACAACGCCCACUUUGAAUAAUGUUGUUGAACAUACUUUUACUGAGUCAAAUCCAACCAUUAACGAAUUUUUAUUACAUCAAAUUGGUCAUGGUAAUAACAUUGAGGCUACUAAUAAAUCAAUAUCUCAAGCAGCUACCAACAUAAAAACUGAAGAAAUUCUUGAAGAAAAAGACAUUUCAAUACCGCAAGUGGUGGUAGUACCAGAAAAUGUCGAACCGGUUCCUAUGACAAAAGUAGAAUUAACUGUGUCUGUGAUAAUAAAGUCUCUCAUACAGUUUCUAGCGUCUCGUCAAAACUCUCCUCUCUGGAAUUACGAAGAUAUAACAGCGAAAGUUUGGUCAAUAAAAAGCGUCGAACAAAUUGAUAUUUUCAUGCAAUAUGUGCUCAAAGUUUUUAGAGAAUCUUUACCGAACGCACAUAUUAACGAAAGAUGGGCUCAAACAGCAUUACAGUUAGGCUUAAGCUGUUCCUCGAGACAUUAUGCUGGAAGAUCUCUACAAAUUUUCAGGGCUUUGCGGGUUCCUAUUACUUCAAGGAUGUUAUCUGACAUAUUAAGUCGUUUAGUCGAGACUGUAGCUGAGCAAGGUGAAGAUAUGCAAGGUUAUGUAACGGAACUUUUGCUUACACUUGAAGCGGCCGUCGAAUCUCUGGAAUCAGAUUUUCGUCCCUUAGAUUUUAUGAAAGAUUUCUUCAAAUCGACCCCUAAUUUAAACAACAAAGAAGCGAUGCCCGUAAGGAGGAACGCAGAAGGUUCUCCAAUUAAUUUGGCUGCGACUCCUGUUUUCUAUUCUCCGAUUAUAGGACAUGCGAGGAGUACUAGUUAUUCGGUCUCGUACGGUUUUAGGAAGAAUACACAAUCUACUACGGACGUUAAAGAGAGAAAUCGACAUAGCAACGAUUUAGACCAUAGGAAAUUCUCUCCUAACAAUCUUUCCAGAUCUCGAUCGGCUCAGAGUUUAAAGAUGUUGGGAGAUACAGCUACACAAGAUGACAAACUUACAAUACUGGCGCAACUUUUUUGGUUAGCAGUCUCUCUAUUAGAGUCCGAUUACGAACACGAGUUUCUUUUGGCCGUCCGACUGUUAGCUAGCGUUAUGCAUAGGUUACCAUUAGAUAGACCCGAUGCAAGGGAUAAAGUUGAAAAACUGCAAUCACAGCUACGUUGGAAUUCAUUCCCAGGGGUACAUGCUCUGCUAUUAAAGGGCUGUACACAUCAAAAUAUAUAUGAACCAGUGACUGCGCUUUUAUCACAUUUUACCCCUCUGUUAAACUUUGUCGUAGUGGAUCCAUCUCAAAGUAUAGCUUUUCCUAUGAAUGUAAUAGCUUUAUUACCUUAUAUGCUUUUGAAUUAUGAAGAUGCCAAUGAAUUGUGUAUUAGAGCAGCAGAAAAUAUUGCACAGGUGAGCAUUGAGAAAAGUAAGAAAUUGGAAAAUCUUGGUACUGUAAUGAAUCUCUACAGCAGAAGAACUUUCAGCAAAGAAAGUUUCCAAUGGACCAAAUGCGUAGUAAAAUAUCUCCAUGACACUUACUCACACUUAAGUCUGAACAUGCUUUCCUUCCUAAUAGAAGUAUUAGAAAAAGGACCUAAUAACCUGCAGCUGCCCAUUUUAAACAUCAUACAUUGCAUUUUGCACUACGUGGAUUUAGCUUCAGCAGCUGCUCAACCAGUUAAUGCCGAUUUGUUAAAAAUUAUUGUAAAAUAUAUUGAGGGAACCAAUUGGAAAGAAUCAUUAAAAAUUCUAAAAUUAGUUGUGAGUAGAUCGAGUUCUUUAGUAGCUCCACCAAUUACAAUCCAUUCACAUUGGGAAAGUUCACCAAUGCCACACCCUUCUUUCAACGAAGAUAGUAUUUUCUCCAAAAAAGAGUUACCAGGAAGAACAAUGGAGUUUACUUUCGACAUGUCUCAAACUCCAGUUAUUGGUAGAAGAUUCUUAAGUAAAUCCGAAGAACAUUCUACUUCCAAAAUCUCUUCAACCCCAAGAAGGUCAUGUUCUAUUAGUCCAGCUGAUACUUCCCCUCCUUCAGGAUGGAAGAGACCGUGGAUGUCGCAGGGUAGAGUGAGAGAAUGCUUGGUAAAUCUUCUAACAACAUGUGGACAACGGGUCGGAUUACCAAAAAGUCCAUCUGUUAUUUUCAGUCAAACUUCCGAUAUUAUUGAAAGGCAAUCGAGUAUGGCAUCGAGUACUGAAGAAGUUUCAGUCGGUAAUAAUGACAUGAGCGGUGGUUCCCGAAGAGAUGAUGCUGCAACAGAAUUUGGAGUUUUCAAAGAUUUUGACUUUUUAGAAUACGAAAGCGAAAGUAUUGAGGGUGAAAGUACAGAUAACUUUAACUGGGGAGUGAGGAGAAGACCACUUAGCCAAGGUGAAGAUGAUCAAACUAAUCUAAAGCAACUGGAAGACAGUGUUAGUGAAAAAACGCCAGUACUAACAGUAAGAAAGGUACACGUCUGUCCUUUUGACCAUAAUCGUUUAUUGACAGAGGAAUCAUCAGACGAAGAAGUUGGCUCUGAGUCACCUUUAGAUGAAAUAGCAAUCGCUCCAGAAUUUGAUAAUAGUAUCGAGAAUGGCGCUAUAUUCCCUCCUUCUUCUCUAGCUUUGAGAGAGAAUAACUCUCAGGUUCAGUCCAGUGCAAGAUCAGAUACAAGUGGUUCGAGUACUGGAGAUUUGGGAGAGGUAACUCCUUGCAACGCAUCACCGAAUUUGUCAUCUUUAAUGAAUUUGAGACCGAUUAUUUCGAAAAGUGAUAUUUUGGACAACUGGACUUCUUAUAUUCAGUUAAAUAUGCUACAAACACCUGCCAAUGCUUUACAAUUUUUUCAUCAGUUCCAGAAGUUGCUUACAGAUAUUUGUUCAUCUUCGAUUGAAAUAACGAAAGAAUCUUGCUCGUAUAUGUCACAAUCGGCUGUUAGCGGUCUUCCUACUAUCAAAUUGAUUAGCUCGAGAUUAAUGUCUAUGGUAGAUAUUGUCUCAUAUCGAGUAAUGGUUACGAACUUAAUAUGGUUUAAUACAUCUGCUAUAAGUAAUUCUAGAUUUAUAGAAACUUUAAAAUAUGGGAUGUUGGAGGUACAAGAACAUCUCGAAACGUUCUGUGAUAAAAGAGAACAAGCCAGUAUGUACUGCGAUUCUGUUAAGACGACACUGAAAUUAGAAAGACUGAGCGGUCAGCAAUCCGACUUUCAUCAUGAACAAUAUUUAUUAGAUUUGGGAAAAGCUCUCUAUAAAUUAUAUUUUCAGCUUUUACUGUUAGUAGAAGCUGGAAAUAAAAUGAUUUCAACUUUACACAAUAUUUUGAAGUCAGCAGACUUUAAAGAUGUAACACCUGAUGUACUAUCUAUUAAACACGCCCUGACCCGUGCCUAUGAAGACACUGAUGCUGAUGGUGGUAUAUCAUCUGUAAUAGUAGGUUGUGUUAGUUCUGAAAAUUUGUUGUUGAACCUAUGUAGACUGAUAGAAAAUGAAAAAUGGACGUCAGUCAUACUCUAUUUUAAAUGCAACAAAGAAGAGUUUGUCAAAGAGUUUUAUGAAUUGUGUGAAAAGGAAAAUGACGUGAUCUCCAUUUUAAAUAUCUAUUGUAGAAAGUUGGUACAUGACAAACCUGAAUAUUUUGUAAUAAGUAAUCAAGAUUCUGACAUGUCAGAUGUAUUCGGUAGACUGUUCCAAGUAUCAGCAGCUGUUUCUGAUCUUGAAGGAACUCUUAAGGAACAGCCUGGUAAAUCAACUGAUACAAUUAGCAAAUAAAGUAAAAAUAAACGUAACAAUUGAUGUUUAGGUUAAGUAAAAAAGUCUGUGCCAUCAUUAUUUGAAUUUAUAACAGUGUAACAUGAAAAGUAUUACCAAAUACUGUGUAUCUAGAAGUCAAACAUAUUUUGUAAUUUCUGUUUGGGAAUAAAUCGAUAAAACUUUGACAA